AUGUGGAACUUAAUUUUGAGUACCAAACAACCGAAAAAGACCCAGAAAAAAAUACUCUACCGCAUAUAUCACACCAAGACGGUGAAACCAACAAAUCAAAACAGAAAGAACCGUGCGGAGAAGGAAUGCCAGGCUACCCUCGCAGGCCAGUCAGGGGACAGCUGGCAAGGCUUCACGACGGGCGGGGGGAGACGGCUACAGGCAUCAAGUACAGGACUGAAGAAAGCAGAGGCGUUGUUCUCAGGGCUGGCAGGCGGGGAGGCUGGCAGAGAGACAGAAGAAGGUGCGGAGAAGGAAUGCCAGGCUACCCUCGCAGGCCAGUCAGGGGACAGCUGGCAAGGCUUCACGACGGGCGGGGGGAGACGGCUACAGGCGUCAAGUACAGGACUGAAGAAAGCAGAGGCGUUGUUCUCAGGGCUGGCAGGCGAGGAGGCUGGCAGAGAGACAGAAGAAGGUGCGGAGAAGGAAUGCCAGGCUACCCUCGCAGGCCAGUCAGGGGACAGCUGGCAAGGCUUCACGACGGGCGGGGGGAGACGGCUACAGGCGUCAAGUACAGGACUGAAGAAAGCAGAGGCGUUGUUCUCAGGGCUGGCAGGCGAGGAGGCUGGCAGAGAGACAGAAGAAGGUGCGGAGAAGGAAUGCCAGGCUACCCUCGCAGGCCAGUCAGGGGACAGCUGGCAAGGCUUCACGACGGGCGGGGGGAGACGGCUACAGGCGUCAAGUACAGGACUGAAGAAAGCAGAGGCGUUGUUCUCGGGGUUUGAUUGUGUCGAGGAAGGUGAGUCGCAGGCUGAGUGUAUGAACGGGUAUACGAACGGAACUCGGGAUGAGGCUUCCCCUACUGAUAGGAAAAUGUUUCCAAGUCCGAAGAAAUCUCUUGAUUCGACGGGGCCUUUUGUAGUUUGCAUUUCCAGUGCUGUUGAAAGAACUCUGGUCGACGAAUAA